AUGUCGGCUGAUCUAUUCGAAGCCUUUGGCGGCUCUGCGGCCACGCCUGCCACGGGAUCUCCCACGAAAUUAGACAAGCACAAGACAACCGCGCGCCCUCCAGCCGCAACAGUUCUUCGUUCGCCACAGCGACCAGAGACUUCCGCAGAGCCCCUGUGGAGGUCAGUGCAAGGAGGCAAUGAUGUACUUUUCGACGCAGGAGAUGAGGGCACCCAAGAUGGAAUUGACGAUGACUUUGGAGACUUUGAGGAUGCCAGCAGACCUAGUCCUGCUGAGUGGCCAUCAGUCAUGACACGGCCAUCUAAGGGAAUGAGGAAUCCUGCUCGGACAGAGGCGUCGAUUGACCUCCUCGGACUCGAUGAGGGCCAAGUUCAGGGUCAGAGAGCCGACAUAGAUGCCAUAGACACGGGCACAAUGCUCGCCGCUCCUCUCAAGAAUACGUCCUCAAAUGCAUUUGUUGACGACUCGUGGGGCGAUUUCGAAAGGCCGACCGAAACCCUUGCUACAGAUACACGGCAUUCUGCCGGUGACAGGGCCCAUCACAACGCCCAGACUGUACGUGGAUCUGAGACCUUCGGCACUGAUUGGGACGCUUUCGAGCAUGGACCAGCGCAUACAUCCGGCCUUCACGCCACGGAAGGUCGAAGACAGCAUACAGUUGUCUCAAGCAAGGCUCUCGCGUCUCCCGCUGCUCGCAAGACGGACACACCCGUACAGGAGGAACCCGAAGAGGAUGUUUGGGACGACUUCGAAGAUCAGCCUGGAGCUAUCACGUCCGAGCAACGUUCCGCCACCUUCAGUACUUCUUCCAUGCUCGCCAAGAUCUACUCGACUCUUGGGCCUCAGCAGCCACUCCUGCCACUAUCCUUCAAUUGCAUCGUCUGUCAGGGCGCAUUGUCGCCGGUCGAGCUCAACGUUGGCGCAGAGAUACUCUGCUGUCCCAAUCUCUGCGAAUCUCAGACAUGUCCUUAG